CAGAGGGAGGUUGGACCGGGAACAAUAGAGAGAAACGAAGCCAGCCCUGAAACACCAAACAAACCGAGAGGGCGACAGAAAGAAAGAAAGCUAGAGCAGGGGAUGGAGGGAGAGGGAGGGAAACUGAGAACAUGUAAGGAAUAAAGACGCCAGGAUUUUCCGGAGCGGAGGGUUUUAUUUCUGUCUUUUCUUUGUCGGUGGAUUGUAUUGAACCGGAUUCCGGUAUGAACCCUGCAGAAGCGGCCGAGGAGGCGCCCAGCGACCCCGACACUGAUGCCUUCUACAAAACAGGGUCAUUCAGGACUGAAGGCAUCAAGGCGUCUGAUGUUCUUCCUGUGCUGAAGGAGAAAGUUGCCUUCGUGUCAGGUGGGCGAGACAAAAGAGGAGGACCAAUCCUGACGUUUCCUGCCAGGAGUAACCACGACCGAAUAAAACAGGAAGACCUGAGGAGGCUGGUAACCUACCUGUCUACUGUUCCCAGUGAGGAUGUAUGUAAACGUGGUUUCACUGUUAUCAUCGACAUGCGUGGGUCUAAGUGGGAACUGAUCAAGCCUCUGCUGAAGACACUGCAGGAGUUUUUCCCAGCUGAGAUCUGUGUGGCGCUCAUCAUCAAACCGGACAACUUCUGGCAGAAACAGAAAACUAACUUUGGCAGCGCAAAGUUCUCCUUUGAGACCAGCAUGGUGUCAGUUGAAGGUCUGGCCAAACUGGUGGAUCCCUCCCAGCUGACAGACGACUUUGAGGGCUCUUUGGACUACAACCACGAGGAGUGGAUGGAGCUGAGAGUCUCUUUGGAAGAGUUCAUGGCCAAUGCUGUUCACCUUCUGUCCAGACUGGAGGACCUGCAGGAACUUCUUUCAAAGAAGGAGUUUCCUGCAGAUGUGGAGGGAUCUCGUCGGUUGAUAGAGGAGCAUACGCAGCUUAAGAAAAAGGUGCUGAAGGCUCCAGUGGAGGAGUUGGACCGCGAAGGCCAGAGGUUGCUGCAGUGUAUCCGAUCUAGUGAUGGUUUUUCAGGGAGGAACUGCAUCUCUGGCUCUGCAGACUUUCAGAGCCUGGUUCCCAAGGUGGCCAGUCUGCUGGAUAAGCUCCACUCCACGAGGCAGCAUCUCCAUCAAAUGUGGCACGUCAGGAAGCUGAAGCUGGACCAGUGCUUUCAGCUCCGCCUCUUCGAACAGGACGCUGAGAAGAUGUUUGACUGGAUCAGCCACAACAAGGAAGUGUUCCUGCAGAGCCACACAGAGAUUGGCCGAGGUUACCAACAUGCUGUGGAGCUGCAGACUCAACACAACCACUUUGCCAUGAACUCCAUGAAUGCCUAUGUAAACAUCAACAGAAUCAUGUCAGUGGCGAGCCGACUGGCUGAGGCCGGUCACUACGCCUCCACACAGAUAAAACAGAUCUCAGGUCAGCUGGAUCAGGACUGGAAAAGUUUUGCUGCUGCACUUGAUGAGCGCUCCACCAUCCUGGCUAUGUCAUCUGUCUUUCACCAGAAGGCUGAACAGUUCCUGUCGGAGGUGGAGGCCUGGUGUAAAGUCUGCAGUGAGGGAGGGUUACCGUCUGAGAUGCAGGAGCUGGAGCUCGCCAUCCACCGCCACCAGAGCCUUUAUGAGCAGGUCACCCAGGCUUACACCGAGGUAAGUCAGGAUGGUAAAGCCCUAUUGGAUGUCCUCCAGAGACCUCUGAGCCCCGGCAACUCUGAUUCGCUGACAGCCACUGCCAAUUACUCCAAAGCGGUUCACUGCAUCCUCGAUGUGGUUCACGAGGUUCUGCACCAUCAGCGGCGUCUGGAGAAUAUUUGGCAGCAUCGAAAGGUCCGACUGCACCAAAGGCUGCAGCUGUGUGUGUUCCAGCAAGACGUCCAGCAGGUGAUGGACUGGAUAGAAAACCAUGGCGAGGCUUUCCUCAGCAAACACACUGGUGUUGGGAAAUCCCUUCAUAGAGCCCGAGCCCUGCAGAAGAGACACGACGACUUUGAAGACGUAGCUCAGAACACGUACACUAAUGCUGACAAACUGCUGGAGGCGGCUGAGCAGCUGGCUCAGACUGGAGAGUGCGACCCAGAGGAAAUCUACAAGGCAGCCAGACAUCUGGAGGUCCGAAUCCAGGACUUUGUCCGGCGAGUCGAACACAGGAAGCUGCUGCUCGACAUGUCUGUCUCCUUCCACACGCACACCAAGGAGCUGUGGUCGUGGAUGGAGGAGCUGCAGAAGCAGCUCUUGGACGACGUGUGCUGCGACUCAGUAGACUCAGUUCAGACUCUGAUCCAGCAGUUUCAGCAGCAGCAGACGGCCACGCUGGAGGCAACGCUCAAUGUUAUUAAAGAAGGAGAGGAAUUAAUACAGCAGCUCAGAGAUGCAGCCAUGUCAACCAAUAAGACGCCACACUGUAGUUCCAUUGCACAUAUCCAGGGGGUGCUGCAGCAGCUGGACGAGGCCCAAGGACAGAUGGAGGAACUGUUCCACGAACGCAAAAUCAAGCUCGAUAUCUUUCUCCAGUUGCGCAUCUUUGAGCAGUACACUAUAGAGGUGACAGCAGAGUUGGACGCUUGGAACGAGGAUCUGUCUCGUCAGUUGAACGACGCCAGCCGCUCGGGCGGGAGCAGCAGUGGCAGCAGCGGCUCUUCCUCUGGCAGCGCAGAGGACAUCGGCCUGGCUGAGCAGCGGCUGAAACGGCACGCAGAGAGGAAGGCAGCCAUGAAUAACAUGACCUAUGAAGUGAUGCAGCAGGGUCAAGACCUGCACCAGUACAUUAUGGAGGUUCAGGCUUCAGGGAUCGAACUGACAGGGGAGAAGGACAUGGACUUGGCCUCUCAGGUUCAGGAGCUGCUGGAGUUCCUCCAUGAGAAGCAGCAGGAGGUGGAGCUCAACGCACAGCACACGCACACACGGCUGGAGCAGAUCCUGCAGCUACGCCAUCUACAGGCCGAGGUUAAACAGGUGUUGGGCUGGAUUCGUAACGGUGAGUCCAUGUUGAAUGCCAGCAUGGUGAAUGCCAGCUCCCUGUCUGAGGCCGAGCAGCUGCAGAGGGAACAUGAACAGUUCCAGAUGGCUAUAGAGUCUCUCUUCCACGCCAACUCUCUUCAGAAGACUCAUCAGAGCGCUCUGCAGGUCCAGCAAAAAGCUGAGAUGAUGCUACAGGCAGGUCACUAUGAUCCAGAGGCAAUUCGAAGUUGUGCUGAGAAAGUGGCCGUUCAUUGGCAGCAGUUGAUGUUGAAGAUGGAGGACCGCCUGAAGCUUGUAAACGCCUCUGUGGCCUUUUACAAGACGUCUGAACAGGUGUGCAGUGUGUUAGAGAGCCUGGAGCAGGAGUAUCGCCGGGAUGAAGACUGGUGUGGCAGUCAUGAUAAACUUGGAACUUCUGCCGACAGUGACCACCUUCUACCUCUGAUCAGUAAACACCUGGAGCAGAAGGAAGCCUUCCUAAAGGCGUGCACUUUGGCUCGGAGGAAUGCUGAGGUGUUUCUGAAGUACAUUCACAGGAACAACGUGAGCAUCCCCGGAGCAGCCAGUCACGCCAGAGGGCCUGAACAACAAGUUAAAGCCAUUCUGAAUGAGCUCCUGCAGAGAGAGAACAGAGUCCUUCACUUCUGGACGUUAAAAAAGCGAAGGCUGGACCAAUGUCAGCAGUACCUGGUGUUUGAACGCAGUGCCAAACAGGCACUUGAUUGGAUCCAGGAGACAGGUGAGGUUUACCUGGCAACCCACACAUCACCUGGCGACAGCAGUGAGGAAACACAGGAGCUCCUCAACAACUACCAUCAUUUCAGACUCACUGCCAAGCAAACCAAGGAGAAGGUGAAGCUGCUGAUCCAGUUAGCGGACAACCUGGUGGAGAAAGGCCACGCCCACGUGUCGGAGCUGAAGCGAUGGGUGAGCACUGUGGACCGCAGGUACCGUGACUUCUCCCUACGCAUGGCCAAAUACCAGGAGAGCCUAGAAAGGAGCCUGGGGGUCAGCUCUGAGGACAACAAAGAUCUGGAGUUGGACAUUAUCCCCGCCAGCCUGACGGACGACCCCGAGGUAAAACUUCGUGACCCAAACCACGAGGUCAACGAGGAGAAGAGGAAGUCUGCAAGGAAGAAAGAGUUCAUCAUGGCGGAGCUACUGCAGACAGAGAAGACCUACGUCAGGGAUCUCCAUGAGUGUCUAGAGACCUACCUGUGGGAGAUGACCAGCGGCGUGGAGGAGAUUCCUCCAGGCAUCGCAAACAAGGAGCACAUUAUCUUCGGCAACAUGCAGGAGAUCUACGACUUCCACAACAAUAUUUUCCUGAAGGAGCUGGUGAACUAUGAACAGCUACCAGAAGAUGUUGGUCACUGCUUUGUCACCUGGGCUGAUAAGUUCCACAUUUAUGUGGAUUACUGUAAGAACAAACCAGACUCGAGUCAGCUCAUACUGGAGCAUGCUGGCACCUUCUUUGAUGACAUUCAGCAGAGACGUGGACUGGCUAACUCCAUCUCCUCCUACCUCAUCAAACCUGUCCAGAGGAUCACCAAGUACCAACUACUGCUUAAGGAGUUACUAUCUUGCUGUGAGGAGGGUAAAGGGGAGAUUAAAGAUGGUUUGGAGGUGAUGCUCGGUGUUCCUAAGAGAGCUAAUGAUGCCAUGCAUCUUGCCAUGUUGGAGGGCUUUGAGGAGAACCUGGAAGUGCAAGGUGAGCUGAUCCUGCAGGACAGUUUCCAGGUUUGGGAUCCACGCUCGCUGAUCAGGAAGGGGAGGGACCGACACCUCUUCCUGUUUGAGUUCUCCCUGGUCUUCAGCAAGGAGAUCAAAGACUCAGCUGGCAGAACUAAGUACCAGUACAAGAACAGACUACUGACAUCAGAGUUGGGGGUGACUGAGCACAUUGAGGGUGACCCGUGUAAAUUUGCUUUGUGGGCAGGAAGAACUCCCUCCUCUGAUAAUAAAACUGUGCUAAAAGCGUCCAGUAUGGAAGCUAAACAGGAGUGGAUUAAAAACAUCAGGGAAGUGAUCCAAGAGAGGAUGACUCACCUGAAGGGGGCUCUGAAGGAGCCUCUUCAUCUGCCUAAAACACCAGCACUGACCAAACCCAGGAAUAACACUAAGAGGGAGGGGGGUGAAGACGGAGACAGUCAGGGAGAUGGCAGCAGCCAACCAGACACCAUCUCCAUCGCUUCCAGGACGUCCCAGAACACUGUAGACAGCGACAAGCUCUCUGGUGGUUGUGAGUUGACAGUCGUCCUUCAGGACUUCACAGCAGGAUGCAGCACGGAGAUGUCUGUCAGCACAGGUCAGACAGUUGAGCUGUUGGAGCGACCGAGCGAGCGGCCCGGCUGGUGCCUGGUCCGGACCACUGAUCGCAGCCCACCACAGGAGGGACUGGUACCCAGCUCUGCGCUCUGCGUGUCCCACUCGCGCUCCAGCGUGGAGAUGGACUGUUUCUUCGGCUCGGGAAAAGAAAACUAUCCUGUCAGCGGCUCUGACGGGAAGACCGAGUCAGUGGCGAACCUUCAGCCGCAGCCAUCUCUCAGCUCGCUGCAGUCCAGCUCUCCUGGUCCCAAACGCUCCGGAAACACUCUGAGAAAAUGGCUGACCAGUCCGGUCCGCCGCCUCAGCCACGGCAGCUCCAUCAAGAAACUCCCUAAUAACAAACAGAAGAAGACUGGCCCAGGAACCGGAAGAGAGGAAAACAGAAAGAGUAUUGACCUGGGGCAGCCUGACAUCGCCCUGCAGGAUGACAUCAUCGAUGAGAGAGUCAUCAGUAAGGACGGGAACCUCCUCUCUAAGACGUCCUCCGGGAUGCAGAGCGGCGGGGAGGAGGAGCAGGACGAGGAGGCCCACACUCCUCUGCCCCCGCCAAUGGAGAUCAUCAAGGACCCCUCAGCUCAGGAUGACAAGUCUUCAUCCUUGCUAACGUCUCUGCAGUCGUCCUCUGAGGUGCCCAGCGCCGCAGAGCUGGUUAGCGCCAUAGAAAAACUGGUUAAAACCAAGAUGACUCUGGAACCAGGAGCGUACCCCGGGUUCUCCUCUCUCUCUCCGCCAGAACAAACCACUCCGGUCCAGCCACGAAACCCUGAGCUGGAGCAGAGAGCCAAGGCUAUGAGAGGACGGAUGUUCGUUCUGAACGAGCUGAUUCAGACAGAGAAGGACUACGUCAAAGACCUGGGAAUCGUGGUGGAGGGUUUCAUGAAGAGAAUCGAGGAGAAGGGCGUCCCCGAUGACAUGAAAGGAAAAGACAAAAUCGUCUUCGGGAACAUCCACCAGAUCUUCGACUGGCACAGAGACUUCUUUGUAGGAGAGCUGGAGAAAUGUCUGGAAGACAAUGAACACCUUCCUGAGCUCUUCAUCAAACACGAGAGAAGACUUCACAUGUAUGUGGUUUAUUGUCAGAAUAAGCCUAAGUCAGAGUUCAUCGUAGCAGAAUAUGACACAUAUUUUGAUGGAAUCCAGGCAGACAUCCAGUCCAGGCUGACCAUCAGUGACUUCCUCAUCAAACCAAUCCAGAGAAUCACCAAAUACCAGCUGCUACUGAAGGACUUCCUGAAGUACAGCUCCAAGGCAGGAAUGGACUGUGAACAAAUUGAGAAAGCGGUAGAUUUGAUGUCUCAGGUUCCCAAACUGUGUAAUGACAUGAUGAAUCUGGGUCGGCUGCAGGGAUACGAGGGUAAACUGACCAGUCAGGGCAAACUGCUGCAGCAGGAAACCUUCUUUGUGACGGAGCAGGACGCCGGCGUCCUGUCGCGCUCCAAAGAACGACGGGUUUUCCUAUUUGAGCAGAUCGUCAUCUUCAGUGAGCUGCUCAGGAAAGGAUCGUCCACGCCCGGAUACCAGUUCAAGAAGAGCAUCAAGGUGUCCUACUUGGGUCUGGAGGACAGUGUGGAUAACGAUCCCUGUAAGUUCGUCCUGUCGUGCCGCGGCUCGUCGGAGCGUUUCACCCUGCAGGCCGCCAACGUCGACAUCAAGCAGAUCUGGGUCCGACACAUCCAGGAAGUUCUGGACGCUCAGAGCAACUUCCUGUCCGCUCUCCAGUCUCCUAUCGAGUACCAGAAGGAGAAGGGCGGAGGAGGCAGCAGCUCGUCACUGACCAGAAACCGCUCAUCCUCUGGGAACCGGCCCGCCACGUCCUCCCACAGCCGGCCGUCCUCUGCGGUCGGGCUCGGUGACAAGGAGGCGGACAGAGGGAGGAGCCAGAUGAAAGUGUCUACCUCCAACGGUGGUUCGUCAUGUUUCGACUCCAGGGACAGUGACGGCGGCUGUAACGGCGUCUCCUCCACCAUGUUGGUCACUCAGGACUACUCGGCGCUCAAGGAGAACGAGAUCUGCGUCAGUCAGGGAGAGACCGUCCAAAUCCUGGCCACCAACCAGCAGAACAUGUACCUUGUUUACCGGCCAGCCAACAGCCAGUCGCCGGCCGCUGAGGGCUGGGUGCCGGGACACGUUUUGGGCCCAGCCACAAAGUCCAUAAAAGACUCUUCCUCUACUUCCUCCUUCUCAGUGGCGGUGGCUGAUGCCAACAAUAUCAAGAAGUCUCUGUCGUGGAACACGCUGCGUGCCAGGAAGCGCGCUGAAGCCAAGGACGUCACCUUGGUGGGGGUCAGAGGUCACGAGAACGGCCUCCUCCGUAAGCCCAAAGAAACCACACCCCCUCCCCCGCUCACCUCCCCCGCCCCCAGGGCAAAGGGCAAAGACGUUCACACUUCAGAUGAGUCAGACUGCGAUGAUGACCUCGACCCAAAGACAGGCAUGGAGCUUCUCAACCCAAACUUCAUCCAGGAAGUGGCUCCAGAGUUCCUCGUCCCUCUGUCAGACGUGGCGUGUGCGUUCGGAGAGACUGUCGUCCUCUGCUGUAAAGUCUGUGGACGCCCCAAACCCUCCGUCACCCUGAAGGGCCCCGACCAGAACCCAGUGACCAGCAACAGCCGCUUCACCAUCGACAUCAGGGAUACAGGUGACAUCUUGUUGAAGAUCUGCAAUCUGAUGCCUCAGGAUACGGGGAUCUACACCUGUGUUGCCGUUAACGACCACGGCUCUGCCUCCUCCUCCGCCUCCAUUAAAGUGCAAGGUAUCCCAGCAGCCCCAGGGCGGCCAGUGGCUCAGGAGGCCAGCAGCACGGCGGUGAUGGUCCACUGGCCGCCUCCAGCUUCAUCCGCUCACAGCGCCGUCAGCAGCUACACUGUGGAGUACAGACAGGAAGACUCGUUGCUAUGGCAACAGGUGGCCAGCAGCAGGGAGGAGUGUGUUCAGAUCGACACUCUGAUCCCCGGUGGUCACUAUCAGUUCAGAGUGCGAGCCUCCAACCGCUGGGGGGUCGGCCCGCCAUCAGAGCCCUCCAAUAUGGUCACACUGCCCAGCAGCAACUCUGGCUAUGACGGAACAGGAAUCCAGUGGAAAGAAAACUUUGACUCCACCUUCUCUGAGAUCUGUGAGAUUGGGAGGGGACGAUUUUCAGUGGUGAGGAAGUGUCUCAACAAGACAACAAAGAAAGAGGUUGCAGUGAAGUUUGUGAGUAAGAAGAUGCAGAAGAAGGAGCAGGUGGCUCACGAGGCGGACAUCCUCCGACAUGUGCAGAAUCACCAGCUGGUGGCGCUGUUGGACACAUACGAGUCUCCCACCUCUCUGAUGCUGAUCCUGGAGCUGCUGGAGGAUGGUCGUCUACUCGACUACCUCGUCGCCCACGAUGAGCUGAUGGAGGAGAAGGUGGCGUUCUUCAUCAGAGAAACUCUCGAGGCCCUGCAGCACCUUCAUACCUGCAGAGUAGCACACCUGGAUCUGAAGCCUGAGAACAUCAUGGUCGACCUCCACUCUCCCACCCCGUGCAUUAAGCUCAUUGACCUUGGCGAUGCAGUCCAGCUGUCCGCCCACCGUCGUUACGUUCACCUCCUUCUUGGAAACCCAGAGUUUGCUGCACCUGAGCUCAUCCGUGGGACGCCGGUCUCCGUUGCGACGGACGUGUGGAGCCUUGGCGUGAUGGCCUACGUGAUGCUCAGCGGCGUUUCCCCAUUUUUGGACGAAUCCCCGGAGGAAACUUGUGUCAACAUCUGCCGCCUGGACUUCUGCUUCCCGGACGAAUAUUUCCGCGACGUGAGCCAGGCGGCGAGGGAUUUUGUGUCUUCGGCGCUGCAGCAGGAUCAGAGGAAGAGGCCAAGUGCCACUUCCUGUCUGCAGCACCCGUGGGUAGGUCGUGGGGGUCCACAUGGCGGGGAGUACUCCAAGAAGCCUCUGGACACGACGCGUUUGGCCACGUUCAUUGACCGAAGAAGACAGCUGCACGACGUCAGGCCCAUCACCAAUAUCAAAGGGCUGGUGAGCAGCAGCAUGGGAAACACACUGUGACGGAGAGAAGAUCUGAGUGUCCGAACACUCAGUAACAAUCCACCUGUGAGGAUACCAAUAAUAACAGUACAAUACAUUUUAAGCAUUUAAUUAUCUUUAGUAUUUAUUAAUGUGAGAGUGGGAAAUGGAAACGGAUAAGGAUCUUCUUGUUAGAACCACUAGGUCACUCUGUCGCCUCUAGACCAAACCUUAGAAACAGAAAGAAAUCAUUGAAAUUCAUGGCUGUAAAAUAUUUAAUUGUUGACCAACAUUUCAUCUGGUCUUUGUUCACCUACUAUCAAACAUUACCUACUGCCUAGAUGCCCCAUAAGAACCCAAAGAACCCGCUCAACUGACCACUGUGAGCAAGCACGAUGGCAACAUGUUCGGUUCUCUUUACAUUAAAAUGUUUAUUUUUACAGGGAAAAAUAUAUUUAUCAAAGGCAACUGAUUUGUUAAUCCCAGCGUGGAGCUAAUCUUAGUCUUUGUCCUUAACUUGGAUCUGCAGAAGGUUGUUUCGUCUUCACCUGAGUCACAAUGCUCUCGCUCAGGGACACUUGGGCAGUACCAGGACUGGCCUGUUGGUGGCCUCACUAGCCAACUGGAUGACAGAGUCUGCGCCAAUGUGGAGCAUAUUACCAGCCAUGCUCAGUGAAUUAGGCUAAUAUAAGUGAACAUAUGAAAGAGUUAUGAAAGGUUUUUGACCACUAGAGGGCACUACGCCAUCCAAAACCAGAAUCAAACCCUGAUAAUAACUGUUAUACACUGUGACAAAUGUGCUAGUAAUGUGUUUGUUGUCAUUUAAUUUGAGCUAAAUUAAGAUCAUGAGAAACUCUGGAAGAAAGAAAGAAAAAGUCUGAUCAAUUUAAUCAGAUUGAUCACCAUGAAGAUGUUUUAGAGUAGUUAGAAAAACUUCGGUUAAUGUUGGUACUUAGUGAGUUGAGGUCAGGGUUCAGCAGCACUGACAGGCUUUUCAGUCUUUGCGGACUGAACCUUGGACUGUCGGUAGACUGUAGCUUCAGUGACAAAAAGUUAAUUAGGGAUAGUGAGUUUGAGGAACAGUGCGAUGUUUAAUUUAAACAACACCAUCAAGAAUGUCGUAGAAAACGUCCUCAAGAAUGUUUCAUUCAGGAUGUCUGAUGUGAUGAGAGAUGGUCAGUACAGAGUUGCCGUCAGAAGUAGACGUUUUCUCCAUUAGCAAGAAUGUUUAGCUAAUUGUGGUGAUUGUUGAGCAUGUGUCCGUUUGGUCAGUUGUGGGAAUUUUCUUCACAGUGAAAAAUCAAGCAAAACUGAAAAGUUAGAUGCUGAAGUUUCUCCUAAACUGCAUCAAGCAAGAAACCUGGACUUGUGGAUCUUUAAGUUUCCUGGAUGAUUCCAGGUAACAGGUCCGACUGUCACCUGUAGCUGCGAUCUAACCCAACAACAUCAAGUUUUUUUUGGACUGGAUGCAACAGGAUUGAGCGUUGCUGUGAUACCUUUAAAUUAUUGAAUGUUAAUUUAUUUCAGGACGGCGGUUGACAUCAUAUUUGCAAUGGUGACCUGGACCAGUCUGGUCUGUGCUGAGUGCAGCUGAUGUAUUGACUGAAUCAAACCCAAAUACACUGAGCUGAACUGAAGUCACUGAGCAGCUGCAGAACUGUGCAGCAGCAGAGUUUGCUUUCUGGAUAUUGUUGUGGUGAACUGCUGGAGUUUACAUCAAAUCACUGACUGAGCUGUACUGAACCGAACUGGACUGAACCAUCAUGAAAUACAAUCACCUGGCUUGAAUGGGCCAGAAGCAUCACAUCAGAAAAAACUGAGGACUACUGGACUUGACGCAGGAUUCCCGAGCACAGAAAAGGCACCGUGGAGAAUGACAUCUGUUCUAAAGGACACACUAUUUGUUCGUAUCACUGUUUACAAAAACUUGCUUAGGUAGUUUACAAAACAGUAGAAUAAUCAGGGAAAACCUGCAUGUAAAAAUCACCAGGGAUGGUUUAGAAACCAGGUUAGAAAUCUGUUUCUAGAAACAAAAACCUGUGACAUUUGGUGUGAAGGUGGGAGAUGAACUCCACCCUGAGACUUCUUUGUUUGUACAUUCGUCUACCAGCCGCUGUGGCAAAUCACCACCUGUGGUGUUUGGGUCUCAUUCGUUUGGCUUGUAAAUUAGCUCGAGUGGCGGACGAACUGGUCUUGGAUUUAGCGGCUGCUGUGGCUGGCAGACAGAAGAGUCUGUUUACUGUCCUGUUUCUAUUGAUGAAUGUAAUUUCUUGUAGAAUGUGUUCUGCCAUUACAAGUGCUGUCCUCUGCUUUCACCAAAUGCUUUCAAAGCCCCCCCCCCAGCUAUUUUGCUUCCCUCCCAAUUCCCCCAAUAAGCAUUUAGUGUACUACAAUAGUAAGCAUUUAUUUUCAUGCAAGUGGGGAUGCAGAAUGGUGCAAAUGUAAGCAACCCACUGUUCGGUAGAAGCAACUAUCACCUUUGAUGUGUAGUACAACAACAUCCAUACAAAUCUGCAAGUAAUGUGAUGUAAGCCUGUGUUUAUCUGUGCAGCUGUAAUGAGAACUAUUCAGGUACCACCGGGUGCUGUUCAUCUUCUCAGCAGGGACUUUGGAUCAGUACUAAGAAAUGUGGGACAUGUUGUUUCUGCUUUUGAACUAAGAAGCGCUGGCUGUGGACAGACCGCAGUUUGAAAUGUCAGCCUCCUAAAGGCAAAGACCAAACGGAGCAAUCCUUCUAGAUGAGGUUUUAGGUAAGAAAGACAAGAUUUCUCUACCCAGACAUUUCUGAGAUACAGUUAUCUGAUCAAUAUAUCAAGGUGUGGGUAAAGGUCUGCUCUUUGAGGGACUUCUUAAAAAUCAAAAAAGAUUUGCAGGAAGAAUGAAUUCCUCCUUAACACACACACAUAAACAUUAAAUCUGAACGAAAUCAACAAGCUACAAGGAGGAGGCAGGGCUGGUGAAAGGAGCCGCCGCAGGACAUGACGUUGGUGUUGGCACUUCAGCAGAGAAACAGUGAAAAGUGUCAGACUGUGUGUAGUAUGAAUGUGAUUGGCUGUUACCUGUCAGCUGAGAAGCCGAGCCGCCGAUUGUGAAGCAUGAAUGAAGCAGCUGAUUCCAGUCAAGUGUGACCUGAACGCUGAACCAACGCUGUGCUCCACAUCCCCUGAACAUACACAGCGUUACACCUCACAUGUUUUUAAUCCUCACAAGUCACACAACAGCUCGCUGUUAAAUGGUUACAACAAAGUAUAAAUAUGAAAAGUACUUAAAGUUAACAGCUUUCAACCUGGUCUUUUGUAUGGAGACCCAAAGUGCUCAAUAUUAUAAAUGAAAGUUAAUUGAAUUAAAUUAAAAUGAAGUCAAUCAAUAAAUUAAACAAAUAUUCAAAUAGAUAAAUAAAGACAAAUGAUGUAAUUUAAUGAUGAAUUUGUGAAAUGAUUGUUAUCAUUGGGGAAAAUGGCAAUGAUAAAAAAAAGAUUAAAAACUGUUGGUGUUAAAUAGAAAUAAUGUGUGAUAAAAACUGGUUGAAAUAACAUUUCAUCAUAUUGAGCUGAGCUUUAAAACUUUACAAGGUAACAACAAUUUUCAUGUAAAAAACAAAGUUGCAGUAGUACGCAAAAGUAGUAUGUAGUUAAGUAAAGCGCAAUGAAUGAACAGUGCUGUCACAUGUAAAGAUCUGCCUUGUUUCAGUUAAAAAAAAUAGUUGUAACAUUUAAAAAAUGUACAUUAAACAAAUAGAAAUAAUAAUACCUGUUAUAAUAAAAAUAGAAUACAAAAAUGGCAGCAGAAAUAGCAGCAUUAGCAGCAUAGUAUUGCUAUUAUUUAUUGAAUUAUUGCAUAAUUUCAUGGUUAUAUUACAUUUUGUCUGUACUAAUUUAUAUGAUAAUGUGUCAUUCCUUUAUUUAAUAUUUAUCACUUUGGGUUUCCAUACUUUACUUGGUGCAGAAGUGUGGCGCCAACAUGGCUGCCACAGAAAACCUUCUACCACUAAACUCUUACUGCCUUCAGUUUAUGCUAGAAAAACAGUUUUCACCAUGACGAUACAUCUUUACAAUCCUCAUCAACACAAAAGUAUAUACACCGAGGAUGAAGACCAGACUGUGAGACCCACAACUGAGCCUAUCCUUCAAAAACCAAUGAAUCACGUACUCAGACUUCACUUCAUUGGUCCCACAUUAUCUUUCAAAGAGCCUGAAACCUUCAUUUUCUCUUUGUUUACAUUUAAACCGAAGGAGUUAAACCUGUGCUAUGUGUUAUGGUAUUUCAGCGAAGCACUCAGGGUCUUUAUGAGGUCUAAGGUUUAACCCCGCCUUAAAAUACUUCACAUAGUCAACAAUUCACCGGAAUAUUUAAGCUCUCCUGAGCUCUGUACUUCUGUCUCCGUGUGCAACCUCUGGAGUUAUUUUAUGAUCCAAAUCUUUGACUCUCCAAUUGUUUUCCAGUCUGCCCCUCUGGAUUUAAGCCGGUGCCCAGUUGACAGCUUGUAAAUGGAGAAUGGACAAAUUAAAGUUUGAUAAUGCAGUAGCAGUGUACAGAAUGUAAAUUACUAGCUUUGUCUUAGCGUUUUGGUUUCUCUCAGUUCUUAUAACCCGGGUCUGAGGCUGAGUUUUCACUCUCUGAAGAACGGCACUCACCUGUUGUUUGUCUAAACCACAUAAGAAAGGAUGUUCUAGUCAGUCGGGGACUGAAACAAAACACCAGUAAGUGAGUCAAAAACAUGUCUCAAAUCAUAUUGUCACUGUCCCGUCCUCUGGAGGCCCUCUGGUAUUCACGUGUGCUCUGUGUUUGUGUUACAGUUGAGUCGGCUAACACGCCUCUUAUCCAGGUGUACAACUGCAACCUACACUUACCUUUGAGCUUGGCUCUUGACCCUGGGAAAGUUAGGCAGAAAUUCAAUCAUUUCUUCUGAGUUGAAGGCUCUACAGUCAACUUUAACCAGGUUCAGUAAAACAGGAAGCUCUUUUACUCAACAUUUGCAUGUUUUGUGGGGUUUGACUGGACUGGGACAACUAGCCAUGACUACUUUGUUGGAAGUGAAUCAGUACAACACCAGGGCUAAAGAGAUACUCAGAAGUCAAAACAUCAUCAUCUCAGGAUGAGCCAUCAACAUCUGUCUUUAUCUGUUUGAAUAUGUGGAUCAUAUCCAAAAAUAUUGUAGAUAUUAAUGUAAAAAUGUAGAUGUGAAUGCACCCAAGACCCAUUACAGUGACAACCAAACCUCCCCCCAGGACACUGUGCACUGAGAGGAGGUUUGUUUGUCAGAAUCAUCCAGAAACCAGAGAACAUUUAACAAGGACAAGAGUUAUGAACCUGCAUGUCUGGGCAGCUGCAACCAGAGGUCGCCGCUUUAUUAAACCUUCUAACAGACGUCUCCCGCUGCAGACAGACCUCCGGUUCUUCUUCUCCAAAGAGUUCAACUUCAGGCGGCGACUGUCCCAGCGUCGAUUCAGUCCCAGUCCCACAAUGCAUCUGUCAUGGCUUGGUGAGCCGCGUAGCACCGUGGUGGCUCCACCCUGUUGAAUGCUAGUCCGCGCUGUUUCCUGAUCGUGUCCAUGCUGAGCUUUGUCCAUAGAGAAACGUUAUGCUGAUGGCUUCACGUCGCUGUGUGAAGCAGCACACUUGUGUAUAGGCUGCCUCUUCUUACCCCAUACAACCUGCUGGUUUGUUACUUUACUAAUAAAGAACCUGCUUGUUUGUA